ACCCUUUAACACACACACACACACACAGCCCCAUAAGUUUACGCAAAUCCACACGCACCAUUGUAGAAGAUGACACUACUUCUUCUUGGUCGAGGUGACUGGGCGGAGAUGUAAAGCUGACUGACUGACUGUCCAUCAUCAUCAUCAUCUUCAGCAUCUUCAUGAUCAGAUGCGCGUGAGGAUGCACACACUCCAGUCGUGGCCAUGAAGACUGAGGAGCAUGGAGAGCUUCACUCCUAUGUUUCUGAGGUAUAGGACUAAACCUCAACAGAAGGCUAGCAUGGAUGGAAAAAGCACCACAAUCCACUGCAAACUCUGCCUGAGCGACUGGCCUGAAGCGGAGACCAGCACACUGCAGUCCUGUAACUGUGUGUUCUGUGCGCAGUGUUUAAGGCAGUAUGUCCAGUUGGCUAUUCGCGCGGGUGCAGGCAGUGCCAUCACCUGCCCCGAUCCAGCCUGUAAAAACAGCGGGACUCUGCUGGACUCUGAGCUUGCCUCAUUUGCCCCCAGUGACCAGGUCGAGCUCUAUCAGCGGCUCCGAUUUGAAAGAGGAGUUCAGUUAGACCCCAGUAAGGCUUGGUGUCCCGUGCUGGAGUGCCAGGCCGUGUGCAGUGUGACGCCCGGUACUGAAGGCACAUCGGUUCCUGUGCCCUGCCCUGUGUGCCAGACUGUGUUCUGCUGCGGCUGCCGGAGCCCCUGGAGCGACGGUCACUCCUGCUCCCUGCAGCCGCUGAUGCCCCCCUCACCAGAUGGUGCACUGAGCAGUGAUGAUACGGACGCAGCCAUUAAACAGUGUCCAGUGUGUGGUGUCUACAUAGAGCGCAAUCAAGGCUGCGCUCAGAUGCUCUGCAAGAGCUGCAAACACACCUUCUGCUGGUACUGCCUACAGAAUCUGGACGGUGAUAUAUUUCUGAGACAUUACGAUAAAGGACCAUGCCGAAACAAGCUGGGACACUCCAGAGCUUCCGUCAUGUGGAACAGGACACAGGUGGUUGGCAUCCUGGUUGGCGCUAGCAUCAUCGUGCUGGUGACGUCUCCACUGCUGCUUCUGGCGUCUCCCUGCAUACUGUGCUGCAUCUGCAAACCCUGCCACGCCAAGAAGACCAAGACCAAGAAGAAGAAGAAAGAAAAGAAGCCAUCAGACUCCAGCGCAUAGGAGAAACUCUUCCCUAUCAACACCUGUAGCAGUGCCAAAUUAUGCCAGUCUGUGCAAGUGCCUCAUUCUCAGUGCCUGGUCACAUCGGCCUUCAGGUGCAUUAUGGGACAAAUUAAAGGGUUUGUUCACCUACAAAUGAAAAUUUACUUACUAUUUACUUACAAAUGAUUUGAGUUUCUUCUGUUGGACACAAAAGAAGAUAUUUUGAAGAAUGUUGGAAACCUGUAACCAUUGACUUGCAUAGUAAGAAAAACUAAUAGUAUUGAAGUCAAUGGUUACAGGUUUCUAACAUUCUUCGAAAUAUCUUCUUUUGUGUUCAACAAUGGAAAAAGACUGUCAAACUGGUUUAAAACAAGUAAAGAGUGACUCUAAAUUAUGACAGCUUUCAUUUUUGUGUGAACUAUCCCUUCAACGAUGUUGUUUAUUGAGUAAAGAACAUGUGCAAAAGAAAAGUUCUUGCUCUAGUAAGCCAAAACAUAGAGAUUGCAUUAAAAAUAAUAAUAUUCGCGGGCUUCAGCAAUGGGUUCAACUCUUUUUGUUUCCACGUAAUGUUCCUGACCAAAGCAUCUGCUGUUUUUAUUUUUCUUGUGUACUAUAAUGUGUAAAUACUGUAUUUAUGACUCUGGGUACUGUCCUGUGUUCUUUAUAUUUGUUGAUUUGUCAGCAUCAGAUGUUUUAUAACUUCAUUAUAAUAAACUAAACUCCUACAA